UGGAAGGAUGCUUUGUUUUACCAUAUGUCAAGGGAAUGUGCUAUGUGCUUUACAGGUAGCAUGGUUAAGAUGAGUGGGAUGUUUAUAAUUCUUGUUGUUGUUUGGGUGGUGUGUUUGAUAACUUAAACCAUAUUUGUAUGCAUGUGGGAUAAUGGUAUGGCCCAAUUAUCCAUAAUCUUGUUAGCCAAUCGCGUUUGUUUCAAGCUUAGUAAGAGGAGGAUAAAAACCCUGCUCAUGGUGAGUUUGGUUUUUUGGGUGUAGAGCUGGUUACCGGGGAGAGCUCUAAAAGUUUUUGCUUAUUUUUUUAUUAUGAUGGAGAACUAACUUUUGGCACUGGUGAAUAAAUAAACUGGCAAUUUUUGAAAUCUAUUUUUGCAUUCCUGAUCCCUUUUUAUCCUUGUUUCCUUGACUCCAACCGCAACGCUGUCCUGGCGAGUGCGGUGACCACCCCGGUCACCCACAUUUGGUGUCAGAAGUGGGAUCGACGCUGACAGAAAUUGGAGUCAUAAGGAAAGUGGUAAUUGGCUUGAGAUGGCGUAUCGUAGGCUGAAGAAGGAUGACAAAGCUGCAGAACCAGCAGAGGACCAGGAGGACGCUCGAGGAGAAGAUGGGGACCACACUCAAGGGUCUGAGCUGGCGGCACUGCGUAAGCUCCUGGAGAGGUCACUGGAGAGCCAGCAGAAGGAGGCCAUGAAACAGGAACAGCGCUGGAGGGGCAUCCAGGUCCAGCUGAAUCAGCUCCGCGACGACUUCGAGGGAGAGAAGCAGACGGUGUCCACGGCAAUGGCAGCGGCGGUCCAGGCAGCAUCAGCGGCGACAGGGGGCCAACCUGCAGCGGCGGCGGCGGCGACAGGGGGCCAACCUGCAGCGGCGGCGGCAGGGGGCCAACCUGCAACGGCGGCGGCGGCGACAGGGGGCCAACCUGCAGCGGCGGCAGCGGCGGCAGCGGCGGCGGCGGCGACAGGGGGCCAACCUGCAACGGCGGCAGCAGCGGUGGCGACAGUGAACCUGCAGCACAGCCUCAGGAUGCAAAGGCUUAACUUUUCAAGUUUCCCUGUCCUGGCUGAAGAAAAGCAUUACCACAGCGUGAUGCUGUGA